UUGUGAUAUUAGGUACCAAGAAAACGGCCAAAAACAAAUAAAAACAUGUCUUCAAUCAAAAAUUAAUUUUUUUUCUCACAACGAUAUAAUAGAUCAUGUAUAAUUCUAAAGCAGAAAAGAGAACAUCUCUUCAGACGAAGGUUAGAAACAGUCUAAUUGAAAAAGAGCUGAAAGCAAUAUCAAAGGCAGUGGAGUCGGAUGCAAGAUAUCAACAGUUCAAAGAGUCACAGUUUCGCACCAAAUAUGAAAAAUAUUUGACUACUGGGAAUUUCGAAACUUCACUAAAAAAACUCGAUUCAUUCAAAAUAGCUUCAACUCCAUACAUUGGCGAGCAAGUACCUCUUCACAAGUUGCUCUAUACACAUGGUGAGGUGGAUGUUGACAAAGUGGUAUGUCUCCACCUACUGUCCGUACAACACUACAAGACACUGUCUUGUGCUCAGGAGAAGAAUCUAAGAAUCUUUCCAAAACGAUCCAAGCCGAAUGUUUUGGAAACAUCUUCUUUGCCAUUCUACAUAUUAGAAAUCGAUCACAAAAUUUACUUGGAAUCGCGAACCUUUUUCCCACAAGGCCAAGAGGUAGUAAUUAUCGUUAACAGCAGUUUAGAAAAAUUGGUCACAUCAAUCACUGAAGUCCUAGAAAUAGUGAGUCCCCAAAAGCUGAAGAAAAUCAAAGAAGUGUUAUCAAGUAAAAAAUCUAUUCAGGAAGUGAUGAUCAAAAUGAAGAUUUUGAACUUUUUAGCACAACUGAAAGAUAAUCCGGUUUUACUGAAUGUGGAUGGUUAUAGGAUAGAAAUAGCUAAUUACACAGAAGAACCUGGCUUAGCAACCAAUGUAUUGACAGUAAGCCAUAUCAUGGUAAAGGAUAAGUCUAGGAAAAUUGAGCAGAUUCAAAGAGAAAUCAGAACAAAAAUUAACACCUUUACGGAGAAGAACGUGGAAGUGGAGGAGUCAUGGGAAAUGCUUCAUAGGAAGUAUUGCAACUGUGGGAAAAGUGGUUCGUUACCCUCACUGGCUCAUGGUAGAACAAUAUCAUUACUGAAUGACGAGGGUACAGAGUUUGCUAGAGUCACUGAGUCCGGAUGUCGGCUGCCUAAAGGCUCUUCUCUUUUGACCAACUCUCUAACAGCAAUCAUCAAAUCUUCUCCCAGGGAAAGGAGAACAAGUAUACCAGACCAAGGCAGUAUGGUUCCUCUCAAUUCUUUGUCUUCAGCAAUAAAAAACCAAGAGGGGCGACUAAUUCGUUCAAUGUUGUACAAAGUUAAAAAUUCCCACAGAAUUCUUAUAGGAAAAAAAGCCGCUGAGUUGAAGUUGCAACAUUCAAACUGUGAUAAGAAGGGGAAGCAAAAACUACCAAUUAACAAAAUAAUAGAGGGUGUCUUCUCAAGGGAUUCCUUGUUGUCUUUUGCGUCUACUGCAGAAAACGAAGAGCUAAAGAUGAUGUUCCAGCCCUGCUGCAAAGGGGGGUUAGGCAUGGGGUCGUACUUGUUGAAUACUAAAACAUCCAAUACGGAGAAAAAUAGAUAUCAGAGACAAUCAGCGGUCUGCUCACACAUCGACGAUGAAGUGAUUCCACAAAUGAUCAAGCGAGAACAGAGUGUUAUGAAGAUUGCUCAAAUAAAACAAGAAAUAUUUAUGUCUGAGACAAGAAACAAAAUGAAAAAGUUUCUUCAAACUAAUAAUCCAGGAGAAGUUACUUCAAUAUCCUAGCUAUGAAUAUUAACAUUCAAUCCCUGGGAUCAACUAAAAAUAUUGAAUGUGAAUAAAACUAUUAAACUAA